AUGAAAAAUAAGGAGAAAAUAAAGAAAAAAGAGGGAAAACAAAAAAAUAAUAAUAAAUGGUGGAUAACCUUCUACCAAAGGAAGAAACGAUAA